AUGGCUGAGCCUCUGCCAGCAGCCUUUCCUCCCUGGAGGACAGGAGAGGCCUUGGUGGUCUUGGCGCCCCUCCCCGGCUCCGCCCGGAAGGGGCAGCAGGCACCUCCUCCCUUCUCAAGGGGCGCUGCCCACCGCCCACCCAGCGUCGUGCUGAAGGGCGUCCGCUGGGGCGAGUGUGCUGCUGUUGGGUUGGGGCCAGGGCUUCACCAGGUGUCACGCCAGAGCCCAGGCCUCGGGGUGACUCUGGCCGCUCUGGUGCUGCUGGAGGAGGAGGCCUUGCGUCCAGGCAGAUUUCCACCCACCCUGUCCCGGGACCGGCGCCUGCCCCUCCCAGUGGACAGCUGGCUUUGUCCUAAAGGGAGGUGUAGGCUGGAGGACACCGUCCUGAGCCCCACAGCCAGCAGAGAAGACCGGGCACUGACUGUGCGUGGGGGAGGCUGGCGGGCCUCCCCCGCCCCCGUGCCUGCCCGCAUCCGUGAGAUCGUGGUGGGCAGCCUGGGCGAGGAGCCACCCCAAGGUGAGGGGCUGCGGGACCCGCCGGCCACCCCAGCCCAGGUGCAGGAGGAGCUGUCCCGGCUGGAGGACCUGCUGGCCCAAGCGGGCGCCGAGCAGGACGAGCUGGCCCGCAGUUCCCAUGCGGUCAGCGAGCGGCUGCAGGCCCGGCUGGAGAGCACCGAGGCUCGGCUGCGGAGGUCGGAGCUGGAGCACAGCGUGGACCUGGAGGAGGCCCUCGGCCAGCUCGAGGCCGCCAAGCAGAGGAGCACGGGCCUCUCCCAGGUGAACACCCUGCUGCGGGACCAGCUGGAGCACAUGAAGGAGGCCAACGACAGGCUGUCCGAGGAGCUGGCCAGGACGGCAGGCAGCGUGCUGCGUCUGCGGGCCGAGCUGGAGCUGCGAGAGUGGACGUGAGCCUCUCGCUUUCAGGCCCGGCGCACUCGCUCAGGGCAGCCCCAGGAAGUCCUACUCCUCCGGAGACAGGUCACGGCCCUCCGGGGACACCUGGCUGAGCUGCGUGCAGCCACCGAGAGGGGCCUCGCUGACAUGCGAGCGGACGCAGCCAGGACGGCCCGGCGCCUGCACGUGGCCUGCCUGAACCUGGGCUCCAACCUGCGGCUGACGGCCCGCAGCACGGCCGGCGCCCUGGAGCAGCAGCUGCGGGACAAGGUGCGGGAGAUGCUGCAGCUGCAGGGCCGCUGGGACGCGGAGAAGGUGGCGCUCCAGGCCAGGCUCUCGGAGCAGGCGCUGCUGGUGGAGGAGCUCACAGAGCAAAAUGCAGGCAAGGAGAGAACCAUCUCUUCCCUCAGGAUGGAGGUUCAGAGACUGGUGGCCCAGGCAGAUGCAGGGCGCCCGGAGCCGGCGUGGAGCAGCCGCGCUGAAGGCGAGGAGGCGCAAGGCCGACCGACGAGCCCGCCUGGCGCCGCGUCCCCCCCACGGGCCCGCUCCCCGGCCACCCCGGACCCCGCGCUGAGGGCCGUGCAGGCGGCCCUCGGGGGGAGGCAGCGGCAGGAGCAGGAGCUGCGCCGGCAGCUGGAGUCCUCCGAGGCGGCAGCUGCCGAGCUCCGGGAGCAGCUGUCCGAGAGCCAGCGGGAGCUGCGGGCCUCGCGGAGGCUCCUGCAGGAGCGGGCCCGGGAGCGCCAGGACCUCCUGGGCAAGCUGGAGGCGCAGAGCCAGGAGGCGCAGUGCCGCCGCGUGUCCAGCGAGCUCCUGGGAAGAGAGAAGGCAGCUCUGGAGGAGGUGGUGGAGGAGCUGAGGGGGAAGGUGGACGUUUCCGACAAGGAGAAGCAGGGGCUGGAGGCCAGGAACGCAGAGAUGCGGAGAGACCUCCUGCGGUGCGCGGAGCAGAAGGAGGCGCUGGAGCAGCAGGGCCGGAGGCAGCUGGAGGCCAGUCAGGGGCGCCUGGAGCAGCUGGAGGAGAAGGUCUCGGGGCUCAAGAAGGAGCUGGUGUCGGCCCAGGAGGCACUGAACGCGGCGCAGCUGCAGAGGGACACCCUGGAGGGCGAGAGGGAGGGCCUACACAGCGCCCUGGCCCGGGCUGAGUCCAGCAGAGCCGACCUGGAACUGCUCGUGACCCGGCUCAGGUCGGAGGGGGCGCAGCAGAGGGACUGCCUGGCCAAGACGGCCGCCCUGGUGGAGGGGCUGGCGCAGGACAGAAGCUCCCUGGACCAGCUGGUCCUGCAGCUGGAGCAGGAGCGGGACCGGCUGCGGGAGCGACAGCAGGAGUCGGCACAGCAGCGGGCGGGCGCCCGGGAGCAGCUGGCGCGGCCGGGGCAGCAGCUGGAGCGCAUGCGGGCAGAGCGGAGGGGCCUGCAGCGGGCCUGCGGGCGCCUGGAGGAGCGGCUGGAGCGGCUGGAGGGGCAGGCGGCCUGGCUCCGACGAGAGCGGGCCCAGCUGCGGGAGCAGGUGGGCCAGGUCACUUGCAAGAAACAGGCCCUGGAGGAGCAGCUGGCCCAGAGCCUGCAGGACCAAGAGGCCCAAAUGGAUGCCCUCCAGAGGGCCCUGCAGGAGAAGGAGGCUUUGUCUGAAGAGCGGGCCCAGCUGCUGGCCAAGCAGGAGGCCCUGGAGAGGCAGGGCCAGCUCACAGCCGAGGAGGCAGCUGAUCUCAGGGCUGAGAGGGACUCCCUGGAGAGCAGCCUCUGUGAGGCCCAGCAGCUGGCCUCACAGCUGCAGGCACAGCAAGAGCAGCUGGAGGGAGAGGCUCGGAGCGCGCGGCUGGCCCGGCAGGCCCUGCAAGUGGAGAUGGAGCAGCUGAAGAGCACCUGGGAGGUGCAGGAGACGAGGCUGCAGUGGGAGGUGGGGCGGCUCCAGCGGCAGGUGGUGCAGCGUGAGCAGGACAUGCAGCUGGCCCUGGAGAGCCAGGCGCUGGCCCACCGCGAGGACCUGGCCCGGCUCCAGAGGGAGAAGGAGACCCUGAGUCUGUCUCUGACAGAGGAGAAGGAAGUGGCAGCACGCAGGCUGGAACAGGAGAAGGAGCUGGUGGCAAAAAAUGCAGCCAAGAGGGAAGCUCUGAAGGAGGAAAUUCAGAGCCUGAAGCAUGAGCAGGAUGAGAGUCUCCUUCAGCUGGAACAUGAGAUGCAACAGGCCCUGUCUCUGAGAGAUGCGGAGGCCAGCCGGCUGAGGGAGGAGCUGUCCAGGGCCGCGCGGGAGCAGGAGAGAGCCGAGGGAGCAGUGCCGAGCCCCGUGGGGGGGACGCAGAGACCAGGGCCCCGCCCACAGGAGGAGGGGCCGUCGCAGGACGACAGGACGACAGGACGACAGGACGACAGGACGCGGGGGGCAGCUGGUGCAGCUGGGGUCGGGACGGCUGCCCCGGGGCUGGCCGGGAGCAGACAGGCUGGGCACGGGGACGGGGAUGGCUCGCAGCGAGCCACACCCACGCGGCUCCGCUGGCCUGGCACCCUGUCUCCUCUGCCUCCUGCCUUGUCCUUCCAGGCUGGCCACCUUCGUGUGGCACCCCGGUCCCUGGUGCACCCCCAGCCCCCAGGGCGCAGGGUUAGAGCAGCCCUGGUGUUGCAUGAGCGGCCCAGGGAGUCCGUGCACGCCCACACCGGGCCCUCACUACAGCCUCACUGGGGCGGUCCUGAGGGCACAGCCAGACCUGGCCGUCCAAAGCGACGCCCCUCAGUGGAGAGGGGCAGCGGGGGCCGGGCACGCAGGCGGCACCAGCGCGGCUCCUUCCCUGAGAGCAGGAGGCCCAGCCUGACAGAGCCCCCAGCCCCCAGCGCCCUCGGGCAGCAGCCUGCAGAUGGGGAGGCGGGGAGCGUCUCCCGGAGACUCGCUGGGGGCAGCAGGGCCCCAGGACCCCUGGAGCACAGCACCAGCUCUGUUUCCCACCCCCCAGAGGAAACUGCCCUGGGGGCCCUGACCGCCUCGGGGCCAGGUGGCAGGGAGGGGCGCGUCCUGGCUCGGGGCAAGCAGGAGGUGUCCUUGCUCCUGGACAGCAGUGGCUUCAAGCACCGCCGUGGCCCAGCCUGGGGCUCAGAGGACCCCCGUUCCAGGCGCCCCUCAGCCACCAUCAGCGCCACCACUGCGGAGCUGAAGGCCCUGCAGGCUCAGUUUGAGGACGCCAUCUCGGCCCAUCAGAGGGAGGCCAGGGCUCUGGGUGAGAGGCUCCGGGAGACGGCGGCUGAGCGGAGCAGCGUGAAGAGAGAGGCCGGGAGCCUGCGGGCGCAGCUGGACGAGGCCCAGGAGGGGCUGGGGGCCCUGCGCCAGGAGCUGCGAGGCAGCGAGGAGAGCCGGGAGGGGCUGCGCCAGGAGGUGCGGGACGCCCGCCGCGCGCUGGAGGACGAGGCCCGGGAGAAGCACGUGCUGCAGGAUUCUAACAGCGAGCUGCGGGCCGCCCUCCGCAGGGCUGAGCAGGAGAAGGCCAGCCUGAAGCGUUCCAAGGAGGAGAAGGAGCAGAAGGUGCUGGUCCUGGAGGAGGCGCAGGCAGCAGCUCAGAAGGAGGCCGGCGAGCUGCGGGCCAGCCUGCGGGAGGCAGAGCGGGCAGGGGCGGACGCCCGCCAGCAGCUCCAGGAGCUUCGCAGACAGGUGACGACGCUGGAGGCGGAGAACCAGAGGCAGAACCAAGAGCUGAUCCAGCUGCAGGUCCGGGGUGGGCCAGGUGCACAGCAGGAGGCGCUGGCGCUGCAGAGGCUGGUGGCCGAGGCAGAGGCCGCCCGGGAGGGCACGCAGAGGGAGGUCCUGAGGCUGCGGCAGGUGCUGGCGGAGGUGGAGGUCGGGGCGGAGGCCCGGGAGAAGCAGCUGGAGCAGCGCCUCUAUGAGAGCCAGGAGUCCAAGCAGACCCUCCGGGCGGAGCUGCACGCCGUCACCAGGAAGCUGCAGCAGGCCAGCGGCGUGGCCGACGGCCUCCGGGCUCGCCUGGACGGGGCCUGCUGCCGGGUCCGCAGCCUGGAGCAGGAGCUGGCCCAGGCCGAGGGCGCCAGGCGGGAGGCGGAGGGCCAGCUGGGCCGGCUGUGGUCCACCCUCCGCCUCAGCCUGGGGCUCCGGGGACAGAGCCCCGCGGCCUCCCCGGGGCGGCCCGGCUCCCCCACCAAAGGCUCGGAGGGCCCCCAGGGUCGCCCCGGGCGGCAGAGUGCCAGCCCCCCCGGCCGGCCCCGCUCGCCGCUCCGCUGGUCCUCGCCGGUCCCCGGAGACUGCAGCGCAGAGGGCCCCAUGGCCUCAGUGAGGGACGCCCUGAGGGGCUUGGCUCAGAAGCUGCGGGACGACGCCCAGCGGGGCCGGGAGGCCUGGCGCGCCCAGGUGGAGAGCCUGAGCAGCCGGCUGAGCCCGGCCGAGAGCAAGAGCGCCCAAGCCCAGAGCCGCGUGGGGCAGCUGCAGAGGGCGCUGGCCGAGGCGGAGGAAGGCCGGCGCCAGGCGGAGGGCGAGGUGAGCGGCGCACAGGCUGCGCAGGCCCUGCAGGAGGAGGCUCUCCGGAGGCUGGAGACGGAGUGCCUUGUGGGCGCGUGUGCAGCGGGCCAGGAGAAGCGGAGGCUCCAGGCACAGGGUGACCCUGGCCUAGCCUCGGAGCUCUCCGAAUGCGUGGGUCAUAUUUAUGCCACCACGGGGCCGCAUUUUCUCCAGCGACACUCAGACACAGAAGGAGGUGGCACAGGGCGGACUUGGUGCCGGGCGGGGUCCCUGAAGAGCUGGGCCCUGAGUCUGAACCCCCCACCCGUGGCCCGGGCCGUCCUCCUGAGGCCCCGGGAAGCGUCCCCUCUUGGCCAUGGGACCGGGUCCCUUUCCCCGCUGCCUGCUGGAGGCGGACCUGGCCCGGCCUCCCCACAGGCUGCCCCCCGCCCCCCGCCGGCCUACGGGCGGGGGCUCCCGGCGGCCCUCCCGGUACCCAGACUUGCCACGUCUACCCGCUCCUCUCACGCCCUCGCACACCCUCCCCUCUUCUCCGGAGAGCUCGCCUCCAGGGCCCAGAUCGGCUUUGGUCCGGGUUCUAGAAGCAAAGUGGGGAGCCGCUCGGCCUCCCGGGCACGCUGCGGCUGCGGCGAUGAACAAGUCGAUCCAUUGUCACCAGUGAAUGACGAGGUUGAGGACUUGAACGCCAAGGGCCUGGAGGUUGGGCUGGAGCAGCCCCCGUACGGGGAUGGGGUCCCCACAGUGCCCCCAUCCGUCUCUCGGUCCCGACGAGAGCCCUGUGAGACUGCAUCACACCCGCCCCCAGAUGGGGAGCCCAGGCUGGGGGCCGGUCCACGGGCGCACCCACGGGAGCCGGCGGUCAAGCCUGGGCAGGAGGGCCGGGCUUCGUGCCCGCCUGCAGACGGACCCCACGCGGAGCACAGGAGCCACCGGACAUGCUGCUCCAGGCAGGCCCUGGACGAGAGCAGGAGGCAAAGCCAGGGCCUGCCCAGAGGGGCGCUGCUGGAGAAGCAGGUUGCCCGCCUGCAGCGCAGGCGCCCCUACGAUAGAGGCUGGACUGUGGACACGCAGCUCCGGGGGAAAGACUCAGCCGCAGGCCUGAGCGCCCGGCCCACGCGCGGCCUCUGCCCGGCCCAGGUGCUCCGCCGGCGGCGGCGCAGGGAGCAGGCGGCGGGCACAACGCGCGGAGAGGUGCGUCCUGCGGGAGGAGAGGCCGCGCCGCGCCCCGGGGCGGCCCGCCUGCAGGGGGAGCUGGCGGUGCGCCGGGCUCCGCUGGGUGGUCCCCAGAAGAGGGGCGGGUGGAAGGGUGGUCCCUGGAGGGGUGGGGAUGGCGGGGGAGAGGGGAGUGCCCUGACGGCGUCAGAGGAGGCCGGGGGCGGCCGUCAGGGCAGGGGCUGUCAGCCGGGAGGCGAGGGCUUGGAUGGGCUUCUGUGUCUCGACCUGGCAGUGCGGAUGACGCCUGCCCUGGGCCUGUCCGCCCGCCUCCAAGCGCGGGGUCAGCCUGGCGCUGGCAGCUCGCCCCGCGGACCGCCACACCCCUCUGGCGGUGUUACCCCGACUCUACCCCUGCUCUCCUCAGGGAGGGACGGCAGAUGGGGGCCCGUGCACAGAGGCCAGGAGGAGCGCCUGAAGCCCAGUCUCGUCACCCCGCAGACCCAGAGCAGGGGCUGGAGUGCAGGACAGGGAACCAACCGAAGAGGCGAACGCGCGCGGACGGAACAGGACACGGGCCAGCCCAGAGAUGGGCAGGUUGUGGGCAGGAGGCUGUGUGAGCGCACCUGGGCAGAGGUCUUGCUGCCUGUCCCGGGUGCUGAGGAAGAGGAGCGCAGGGACCCGGCCCUGCCGGCUCAGCACAGGCCCCCCGAGAGACCAGGCCCUGACCAGCCCGAGGUCGCGGGGCAGGUCGAGAGGGCUCAGAAGCGGGGAUCGGCCUGGGCCUCCAGCGGCGGGGGCUGCCCUCUGACCACUGCCCUGCCCGGCCCAGAGCCAGGGACGUGGAGGGUCUGCUCUUCACCCCCGGCCCCCUCCCCGCCCUGUGCCAGGCGUGGCGGGCGUGGGGGCCAGGAAGGGGCUCUUCUCCAGCAGCGGGCAGUUCCGAGGAAGGCGGACUGUGGGGACGGGGACACAGAGGACACAGGCUGGUUGGGACUCGGUCGGGGAGUGGUCCGGGCCUGUGAGCAGACUGGAGGUGCCGCAGUGCAGCACGUAGAGGCUCCCCGAGGCUGGGCGCAGCGCUGCGGGGGCCUGGAGACAAAGAAUCGGCAGGCGGGGGCAGAGGCGGGAGUCAGCCUGGGCCGCCUGUGGGACCCCCCUCGUCCAGCCGAGUGGGAACUGGGUUGCCAUGGAAACAAGUGUGAGGCCCACCGGCAGCUGGUGGGUGGGGCUCCAGCCCAGACAAGGCCCGGGGCCCAGGGUGCUGGCCUGCACACUCCCGGCCAGGCCCUGGGCCCCAGCAGAGGGCCCCUGGGGAGGGCCGGACCCUUACCCCCGGACUCCAAGCAGCCCUGGGCAGGCAGACUGCAGCGAGGUGCCCGGGUCCCCCAGGUCCACGUGGAGGAGCUGGAGCAGGCCCACGCCCAGCGGCUCCGGGAGCUGGCCACUCAGCACCGGCGAGACCUGGCGGCCGAGGCCAGGCGGCGGCACAGGGCCCAAGCGCAGGCCGCACAGGCCCUGGCGUCCCGAGACAGGGCCCACCGGCAGCGGGUGAAGUUGCUGCAGGAGCAGGUGGCCGGCCUGAAGGAGCAGCUGGACCAGGAAGCGCGACGGCGGCAUCGAGCCCGCCUCGGCCAGGCCUUCCGGGCCAAGACCUCUGUAAACACGGGGAAACACGUGGAGAACAUUUCCACCGACUGGAGCCAAAAACAGAAUGUCCUGCGAGGCCAGCCACCACAUCCCCGAGCCCAGAGGAGGCAGGACCUCCACAUCCAGGACCUGCAGGGCCGUCACGGUGGCAGGUGGCUGGAAGUGCUGGCCGUGCCCCCCGCCCUUCACAAGCACCUCCUUCCUCCGGGACUCACGGGGAACGGAGUUGCCACAUGUUGUAACUGUACAAAAAAUAGGCUUCGUUCUGCCUGCCGGCUCUGCCUGGUGAUUGGAGGCUGUGCUGAGCAGGAUUCUGAAGGUCAGCCCAGGCUUCAAGGGGAGAGCGUGGUGACCCCUGACAGCGCUGCUCAGGGCAAAGGAGGCAUGCGUGGCGGUGUUCGCGCCCAGACGUUCACCCACUUGCAGGGGCUGCUCAGAGCACACAGCAACGCAGGGGUCCCCCUGCCGCCGGAGUGCGUCGUACCCACGGGCGGGUAG